AAGAGGUAAAACAACCCAUAGAGAGGGAGAACACCAUGAACAUGGAAAGUGAUAAAAGCUUAAGAUCUGAUAAUUCUUUAUUAUUAGACCAACCUAUAAAAUUAAUUAAUAUAGAUAAAACGAUUGAUAAAGGUAAUGAGUGUGUUAAAGCUUUCAUAUGUGCCAAUUAUCAUUCCAGGCAUGUAAGAAGUCAUAGGUGGAAGAAACUCUAUGAAUGUCAUCAAUGUGGUAAAGCCUUUGCAAGACCUGCUAAUCUCCAUUAUCAUAGAAGAACCCAUACUGGAGAGAAACCUUAUGAAUGUAAUCAAUGUGGGAAAGCCUUUUCCUGUCACAGUAGUCUCAGAUAUCAUAAAGGAACCCAUACUGGAGAGAAACCUUAUCAAUGUAAUCAAUGUGGUAAAGCCUUUUCCUCUCACAGUGGUCUCAGAUAUCAUAAAAGAAACCAUACUGGAGAGAAACCUUAUGAAUGUAAUCAUUGUGGUAAAGCCUUUGAAGGGGAAGUUGCUUCUGCCACUUCUGUUGCUGCAGUUGGCUCCACCUCCUUCUCUGCAGUGCCCUCCAGGUUACUCUGUACCUCCCUGCAGUUAGUUAGGUCAGGCUGGGAUGAUGAGAGGCCUACUAGCCAGUGUGGGGUGUGUCAGAACUUCAAGCGAUGUUUCUGGAGAUCAGACCUCUUCCCAGGUGUUACAGCUCUUAGGACAGACGAAGACUCAGAUGACAAAGUAGUUCUUGCACAACUUUAA